GUCAUUCGCGGUGUGUGGCGCAUAAAGACGCGGAUGAGGCGCGCUGUGCAGGUGUGUGUGUUUCUGAUGCCGACAUGUCACUGAGACGCAAGAGGAACGCGAGCAAUGCCCAGAGCAAGGAGCAGCAGGGCCGCGACAUGUGCCAGAGAAGGCUGGCUCUGUUCGUCCGGCAGUUUGAGAAAGAAGCGGAAGAGCGCAUGAACGAGCUCGACGCCAGAAUGGAGAACAUGUUGGCCACUGUGGACAAGGUGUACAAUGUGGAGGUGAUGAAGAUGCCCCUUUCUCUUCGGAACACGCUCCUGGCAGAUUUAAUGAGUGAGGAGCAAGUCUCUGCAAGUGAUGUAUCAAUUGCCAUGAAGAACGAGUCCCUUGAGAUGAACCAGCCCCUCAAGAGGAAUCACAGUAAAAGAGUGAAAUCAACUGAUUCUCCGCCAGUUCAGUCUGCUGCAGUCCCGAGGGCCUCGGUCAAGCUUGGAAACAAGACAAAAAGGACCAGGACGUUAGCUGGCAGUAACAGCACUGGAAAUCUCAGGGGCUCCACAGUCACUGCAAAAAGGACCCAGAGCCGCCUGACUAAGUCCAAUGAGCAGACGGCACCGGUCAAACCUAAACUCAGGUCUGUCGUCUCAACUGGGGAUCUGCACUGUUCAGUGGCGGGCUCAGCAGCACACAUCACUGUAACUACAGCACAGGGGCAGACUGUCAGCUUUUCUGAAGAGACCAAGGAUGAAAUUAACCUGGACAUGCUGGACGACUUGGCCUGGUGCCAGAUCCAGAGGCUGACGAGACUGAUGGAUUAUCUGUCCAGGCGAAAUCCUUGCCAGCAAUGAGUGCAGAAGCCUGAGCAUGUCCACUGUGACUUGUUAUUUUUCUCCACUUGGAUUUUUCAUCACACUUAACAUUUGUAUUUACAAUAUUUUUGGCUUUGCUUGUCAUGUGUUUUAAAGAAUAUUUUUAUAUAAUAAAGUUUGUUUUUGUU